AGCUUAGGCUCGAGAGAUUCUCAGUCCCCUCAAACACCCCGAGAUCGCCCAUUCUUUACGAAGACAUGUCUCACAACUCUGCCACUACCGGUUGGGAGCGAGUUGAGGACAAAUACUACCGCACCAUCCAGCUCUAUUCAGCGCUCUGGGAUCCCGACUUUGACCUCUCGGAUUAUAUUGUUGUAGGAGCACCUUACGGUGGAGCACUCGGUAGUCCCCCCCCCUCCCCACACCAUCAGCCGUUGCAAUGCUAAGCUGACAAAUUGCUCUCUGCAGCUCUCUACAAAGAUGAGACGAGAAUUCAAGCUUACCGAAACUCCCAGCAGUCAAAAUCGAGCAUAGAUAUAUAUAGUGCUGCCGGGAGGCUCAUCCGCCGGAUAUCCGUAUAGUAACCCGUUAUUUCGCAACCCACUGCCACUUCUAGUGCCGGGCUGGGGGAAAUUAAUGGAGAGAUUGCUGAUAUAUAUGUGGGGUUCUAGUGGGAUAAAGGCUCCAUUAAGGGUCUCGGUUGGUCAGAGGAUGAGAAGCUAUUGGUAGUAACGGAAGAUGGAGUAGUCAGGUGUUAUUAUGAUCUUCAAGGAGAUUUCACUCAAUUCUCUCUGGGCAAUGUAGGCCACUCCGAAGUUAUGAAAGGCGGAGCCACUAAUAUAUAUUUAGGGCGCCGAGGAAGUCGGCGUCAAGGAAUGCCGGUUCUACCCUACCGGCUUUGUCGCACUGCUACGGAACAACCGAUUCAUCUCUGUUUCCCGCUAUGAUGAGCCGAGGCCACGCCUCUUAGCAGACCCGGUCCCCUUUAUCCCGGCCACAGAGAUUAUCCACUCAUGGACGAUUCUCCCGCCAUCCUACACACUCUCCCGACAUGUCGAAGUGUUUGUCUCCACGGGCACGACUAUCUUGAUUGUGGACGCCACAGAAGUACUGGACCAAAUGCUUCAGAACGGGCCAUUUGUUCAUAUUUCCGUUUCACCGAAUGGAAAAUACGUGACUUUGUGCAGUGUUGAGGGGAAGGUUUGGGUCAUCAGGUCCGACUUUCAGGAGAAGUUGAGCGAGUAUGACACCGGAACUGGAGGCGAGGAAUUACCACGAGCAGUGGAGUGGUGUGGGAACGAUUCGGUGGUGUUAGCUUGGGAUGAAGAAGUUCAUAUGAUCGGACCCAGAGGCUCGGUGCUGAAGCAUUACUACGACAACUUUGUGCACCUGGCGCCUGAGAUCGACGGUAUUCGCAUAAUAACUACGGAGAAGUGUGAAUUUCUGCAAAAAGUUCCCGGUAAUUCACCAGUUCGUGUUGGCGCUCAAAUGCUUUGAUCUAAAUUAGUGAUGGCAACAGAUGGCACGGAAGAUAUCUUCAAAAUUGGAGCCACGGCACCCGCUUCAAUCCUCCUUGACGCCGUCGAUCAGUUGGAGAGAAAGUCACCGAAAGCUGAUGACAACAUCCAACUCAUCCGUGCACAGCUCCCUGAGGCAGUGGAUGCCUGCAUCAAAGCCGCGGGUCAUGAGUUCUCUGCCCACUGGCAAAAGCAGUUGCUUAAGGCUGCUAGCUUUGGAAAGAGUGUACUGGAACUCUAUAGCUCAGACGAGUUUGUAGAAAUGUGUGAAACGCUCAGGGUACUUAACGCUGUGAGGUUUUAUGAAGUCGGGUUGACCAUAACAUAUGAUCAGUAUGAAAUCCUAGGCGGUGGUCAUGACGGGCCUGGCUGACUCGGGUAGAUUUAUACAACUUACACCAGAAAAAUUAAUACAAAGAUUAGUCAAUAGACAGCAGCACUUGCUGGCAUUGAGGGUCUCAGAGUAUCUGCGGUUACCGACCGACCGGAUAUACAUCCAUUGGGCUUGCAUGAAAGUUCGAAUGUCAGCAGAUGAUGAGGAUGCCAUUUGCCGCAUGGUAGUGGCGAAACUCACUGGAAAACGUGGCAUAUCCUUUGAAGAGAUUGCAAGAACCGCGUACGAUGAAGGCAGAGGAAGGCUUGCGACCCAGGUAUGAGCCUACUUCAGUUAUGUAACACACAUUCUAACUAUAUAAAAGCUAUUAAACUAUGAACCACGGGCCGGUAGACAGGUUCCUCUCCUGCUCAACAUGGAGGAAGAUGAAAUUGCUCUUGACAAGGCAAUCGAAAGCGGGGACACCGAUCUUGGUAAAUAUUAUCACUACUUUGUGUUUCUCUAGGUCUGACGGGAAUAGUCUUUUUUGUCCUUCUUCACCUAAAGAAAAAGUUACCAUUAGCGAACUUCUUCCGGAUGAUCAACAACCGGCCUGUUGCAUCAUCGCUGAUUGAGUCUUCAGCCAGGGAAACGGAUCCAGAGCUCUUGAAGGACUUUUACUAUCAAGAUGAUCGCAGGGCCGAUGGUGCACAUGUUAUCCUCCGAGAUAGCCUGGCGCAGAAGGACUUAUCUCUAAAGAUGGAAAAGCUGAAACUCGCCUCAAAACUACUAGCAGAUGCGAAAGAACAUGCUCUCGAAGCAAAGGCACUUGAUGAAUCAGCAAAACUCUUACACAUGCAAGAGAUCUUUGAGAAGGACUUGCAGCAGGAGAGAUUUGUCGGCGACUCCAUUAAUGAGACCAUAUUCAAACUUAUCCGCAUGGGAUAUUCUUCUCGGGCGAACAAAGUGAAAUCGGAAUUCAAAGUGCCAGAGAAACGGUUCUGGUGGCUCAAAUUGCGGGCCUUGGUUGCGAAGAGGGAUUGGGGAGAAAUUGAGGAGUGGGGCAAAACGAAAAAGAGCCCGAUUGGGUGGGAGGUAUUGACUCUGCUUCUGGUUUAUUUCGUUUCCUUCGUUUCCUUUUUCCAGGAGCACCUUACUUACAUCACUCUAGGCGUUUUUCAAUGAGUGCCUGGCUGCAGGCAACACCAAGGCGGCAUCUAUCUUCAUACCCAAGUGCACCAACCUACCUCCUGCGGAUAGGAUGGAUAUGUGGGUUCGCUGCGGUAAUAUGGUUAAGGCGGGCGAGGAAGCCUUUAGGGCUAAGGAUGCUAAUGCACUGGAGCUGUUGAGGUCAAAGGCGGCCGGUGCGGCGGCCUUGGAGAUUGAUAGGCUCUUGAAGCAGCUCCGUCCGAAAUGAUAACGGGGUGCUUUGUGGGCGGCGACCGGGCGGGUAGCUGGCUCAAUGGCUGAUAUCAUCACACACGUGAAUUUCCUUCUUUCCUCUCUUUUACAAUUAAUGAUUAUUGCUUGCUAGAAACACACUAUACGAGUCCACUCUCGUAGCACACCCAA